GCGGUGGGCGCGGCCCCCGCCAGCUUCCGCACCAUAAUUGGCUGGGCUGAGCGCACGCCCGGCCGCUGAUUGGAGAACCGGCACCCCGGGCCCUGCCUCUCGCGCCCGAGUUCCGUUAGCAGACAUCCCUGCGGUCGCUUAUUUCCCGUCCCGGACGCAGCGCGAUGACGUAGCUUCCCCGACAUUCCACGUCCAAGAUGGCCGCAGUCGGCGAGGAGAGACGCUGCUAAGGGGCUUGCCGGAGGCGAGGGGAUUCUAACAUUUUCAGAAAGCCUGUGGAAAGAACAAGUCUACUUCAAUAAAUGAAGGAGAAUAAAGAAAAUUCAAGCCCUUCAGUAACCUCAGCAAACCUGGACCACACAAAACCAUGUUGGUACUGGGAUAAAAAAGACUUGGCUCAUACACCCUCACAGUUAGAAGGACUCGAUCCGGCCACUGAGGCCCGGUACCGCCGAGAAGGAGCUCGAUUCAUCUUUGAUGUGGGCACACGUUUGGGACUACACUAUGAUACCCUGGCAACUGGAAUAAUUUAUUUUCAUCGCUUCUAUAUGUUUCAUUCCUUCAAGCAAUUCCCAAGAUAUGUGACAGGAGCUUGUUGUCUCUUUCUGGCUGGGAAAGUAGAAGAAACACCAAAAAAAUGUAAAGAUAUCAUCAAAACAGCUCGUAGUUUAUUAAAUGAUGUACAGUUUGGCCAGUUUGGAGAUGAUCCAAAGGAAGAAGUAAUGGUUCUGGAGAGAAUCUUACUACAGACCAUAAAGUUUGAUUUACAGGUGGAACAUCCGUACCAGUUCCUCCUCAAGUAUGCAAAACAACUCAAAGGUGAUAAAAACAAAAUUCAAAAGUUGGUUCAAAUGGCAUGGACAUUCGUAAAUGACAGUCUCUGCACGACGUUGUCACUACAGUGGGAACCAGAGAUCAUAGCAGUGGCAGUGAUGUAUCUUGCGGGACGUUUGUGUAAAUUUGAAAUACAAGAAUGGACCUCCAAACCCAUGUACAGGAGGUGGUGGGAGCAGUUUGUACAAGACGUCCCUGUGGAUGUUUUGGAAGACAUCUGCCACCAAAUCCUGGACCUUUACUCACAAGGAAAACAGCAGAUGCCUCACCACACGCCCCAUCAGCUGCAGCAGCCCCCAUCUCUCCAGCCUACACCGCAAUUGCCACAAGUGCCACAGCCACAGCCACCUCAAGGCCCCGAACCACCCCAGCCCCCACAGAAGGACUCGCAGCAGCCAGCCCAGCCACAGCCACCGCCACCGGCCCAGCAGCCCAAGAAGCCGUCCCCGCAGCCUAGUCCUCCCCGGCAGGUGAAGCGUGCCGUGGUUGUUUCUCCCAAAGAAGAGAACAAAGCAGCAGAACCACCACCACCUAAAAUUCCCAAAAUUGAACCCACUCACCCUCCAUUGCCUCCAGCCCAUCCACCACCAGACCGGAAGCCGCCACUCGCAGGCUCCUUGGGCGAGGCCGAGCCACCAGGCCCUGUGGAAGCCGGUGACCUCCCCAAAGUCCAGAUUCCUCCUCCGGCCCACCCGGCCCCCGUGCACCAGCCGCCGCCGCUGCCACACCGUCCGCCGCCCCCGCCGCCCUCCAGCUACAUAACCGGGAUGUCCACCAGCAGCUCCUACAUGUCCGGGGAGGGCUACCAGAGCCUCCAGUCCAUGAUGAAGACCGAGGGCCCCGCCUACGGGGCCCUGCCCCCCGCCUACGGCCCGCCUGCUCACCUUCCCUACCACCCCCACGUCUACCCCCCCAACCCACCCCCGCCGCCCGUGCCCCCGCCCCCAGCCUCCUUCCCGCCGCCCGCCAUCCCUCCCCCAACUCCUGGCUACCCCCCACCUCCACCCACCUACAACCCCAAUUUCCCACCGCCUCGCCUGCCCCCCACCCACGCAGUCCCGCCUCACCCUCCUCCAGGCCUGGGCCUGCCGCCGGCCAGCUACCCACCUCCAGCUGUCCCCCCUGGAGGACAGCCACCUGUGCCCCCGCCCAUUCCCCCACCCGGCAUGCCUCCAGUCGGGGGCCUGGGGCGGGCAGCCUGGAUGAGAUAA